CAAUACCAUAUUUACCACGUUAUAUGAAACCAGGUCAACCUUGUAUUGUAUGCGGUGAUGAUGCUACCGGCUUACAUUAUAGAGCGAUAACAUGUGAAGGUUGCAAGGGUUUCUUUCGACGAACAAUUCAGCAAAAAAUUGUUUACAAAUGCAAAAGCAAUGAACGAUGUGAAAUCAGUAAAACUUCACGAAAUAUUUGCCAAUUUUGUCGAUUUCAAAAAUGCAUACAAAAUGGAAUGACGAAAUCUUGUUC